AAGCGGCGCUGCCGCGCCUGCGCACUGCGGCGCCCCCUGCCGGCUUCCGGGCCGGGCCGGCGGGGCUCUUAAAGGCGCCGCGUCCCGGUACCGAUCCCCGCCCCCGGUACCGGGAUGGAGCCGGCGGCGACGACGGCGGCCCCGAGCUGGCGCUGCCGGCCGGGGGGACGGCUGGACAUGAGCCACGGCUUCGUGAGGCACAUCCGCCGCAACCAGCUGGCCAGGGACGCGUAUGACCGCGCGGUACGGCAGGCGCGGGGCCGAGCGCGGACGCGGCUGACCCCGGCCCCGGCGCGGCCCCGGCGGCCCGACCAGCAGGUGUACCGGCCCCACCGGAGCAGCGGUGAGCGGCAGCGGGAGACCGGGGCAUUCCGCGGGUGGGAGCGCAGGGGCGAGUUGGGGGGAUGCGGGGGGGACCUGAAGGCCCAGCGGGUGCCGUGGGUGCCGCAGGGGGACAGCGCCGAGGAGGUGACACGCCGGGUGUGUGCACGGAGCCCUCUGGAGCCCCCCCUGCGCAGGGCCCUGUGCCAGCGCGUGCAGGACGAGCUCAGCAAGCGCCGGGGCACCGGGUGACUCUGCCACAUCCCCCCGGACACUGCCAUUCCCACGGGACCGAUGCCACCCCGGGGACUGGUGCUACCCCUCCCCCGGUGUCAAUAAAGGUGCUGCGAGGCUCCGGUGUCUGUCGCUGCUUGGGG